AUGGGUGUCGAAGAGCAAAAAGAGGAACGCGAAGUCCUCGAGUCAAUCUUCGCAGACGAAAUCACAGACGUUUCCGAGACAGAGUUCCGAGUCGCCGUCCAACUCGACGAUGGCCGACACGAAGACGAAGAGCGCGAAGAUGACCAACCAACCAUCAUCCUCAAUGUCUCCUACCCACUCAACUACCCCGACGAAGCCCCCCGCCUCGACAUAACGCAACCCCCCAACGCCCCCAAGCACCCCUACCUCGACAUCCAAGAAGACAAGCAGCGCCUCCUCGACUCGCUCUCGGAAACCAUUGAGGAAAACCUCGGCAUGGCCAUGGUCUUCACGCUCGUCACCGUCCUCAAGGACAGCGCCGAACUCCUCAUUACGGAGCGCCAGAAUGCCAAGCAGGCGCUGGCGGAUAUGGCGGCGGCCAAGGCGGAGGAGGAGGAGAACAAAAAGUUUCAGGGUGAGGCGGUUACGCGGGAGAGCUUUUUGGCGUGGAGGGAGAAGUUUCGGGCGGAGAUGGCAGAGGAGAAGAGGCGGAAGGAGGAGGAGAAGGAACUUGAGGAUAAGAAGAAGAGGAUUGUCAAAGAGGAGAAGAAGUUGACGGGCAAAGAGUUGUGGCAGCAGGGUUUGGUUGGGAAGGGUGACGAUGAUGAUGACGACAAUAUUGAUGAGGUUGAUGUCGGGAAACUCAAGAUUGAGGCGACAUCAUGA